AGCUGUCACAACAUUGAACCGUGUGCACGCAGCUUAAGCGCGCUCUUGCGCCUCAAAUUCAUAACAAAACACAAAGAAAACAAUCAUCUUUUUUAGCAGAAACUGCUUUUUCGAUUUAUUAAUAAUUCUACAGACCUUCGAGAAGAUUAAAUAACAUACGGUGGUAGAAUUUUGCUCACUAUCGUCACCGAACCAGUGUUGUGGAAGAAUCAGUGCUUGGAGCUUCACGAAAGCUAAACGAAAAUGUCCGCCUCUGGUCCAACAUCGUUGAUAUCGACGGCUGGUGAUGAAUCGUUUGAUUUCCUGUUUAAAAUCGUACUAAUCGGAGACUGUGGUACCGGCAAGACAUGCAUCGUGCAGCGAUUCAAAUCGGGCAACUUUAUCGAAAGCCACGGCAACACGAUCGGUGUGGACUUCUCGAUGAAAGCCGUGUCCGUCGAUGGGAAGAAGGUUAAGCUACAAAUAUGGGAUACGGCGGGUCAGGAGCGUUUUCGUACCAUUACGCAAAGCUAUUACCGAUCGGCUAACGGUGUUUUAAUUGUGUACGACAUCACGAAACGAUCGUCCUUCCUAAGCCUGCAACGAUGGAUCGAUGAGGUGCGUAGAUACACAGCCUCCAACGUGAUGAUCUUUGUGAUAGGCAACAAAUCCGAUCUGGACUCGAUACGAGAGGUAGAGUUUUCCGAAGCCCAAAACCUGUGCCAGUACAUCCCCGAGGUGAUGUUCGUGAUGGAAACGUCGGCAAAAGACAACCGCUGCAUCGAAGACGCAUUUAUGACGCUGGCAACUGAACUAAAGCGACGCCACGAUGGAAUCAAUGCGGCGGCAGAGGACGAAGAAGGCAUUACGCUGGGUCAGAGUAAAAGCUUAUCAACCAAUUCGUGCAACGCGCUGUGCAAUUUAACGUGAGCAGCAUACAUCAGCAGCCGAACGAAGCUACUCUGAUACCUGGCCAAUGCCAAAGGACCAUUUGCGAACACAACUGUUUAACAGGCGACAUGUGAAGAGGAAGUAGAAGCUAAACCGAUCCCUCCCAUAAUUUGAUCCUACGGUUGCAGUACGCCACUGCUAAUGCCAUUGUUCUAAGCAAUUCAGCAACCGCAACAUCACGCACCUGGUGAUUGCGGUAGUACGUAAGGUACACUGUUUAGACUAAUCCCCGUACACUGCUCGAUGGCAAGAUAUUUUAAAUCUUGCUCCUCUAUUCUUUCGCAGAACCGUACCGCAACCAUUGAAUGGUGACGGUGGUGAUGCAAUUUUUCCCCUGUACAUAAUUGGCAAUGGUACAUGUGUUAACUAAUGUAGUAGUUACAUUGAAUUAAACGUUAGCUUUUCAUUCGAUUAACCGAUCCUCGAACAAAGUCAAGCUCUCUCGGAGCGUGAGUGAGCGCCGAGCUAAAUACGUAGUAUAGAACUCGAUUACAUAUUUUACAUGAUACGAUUUAUUUAUUUGAAGAGCUCUAGGAAUGGAACUAUUUUAACACGAAACAGUUUGUGUAAAUAUAAAAGCUAUUUUAACAGCUCACCCAUCGGUAGCGAAAA